AAAAUCAAUACAUGGGACAAUUUGAACACGGGCGCUACAAGCCAACAAAAUGAACACUCGCCAACGCGUUCAAUCACAACAAAAUGAACGGAAUGAUGAAGCCGUGUUGCUCAACAGUUUGCGAAAUGUCACACUUCGAAAUGUCGAAAAAUUUGCAAGUGUAAAAUUACCAAAAGAACAGAAUAAAAGAAAUCAAAGUGAAAACGCUAAAUUAAGGAAGAAGCAAGCCGAUAAAGAUAGUAGAGAAAGACGGGAAAUUGAAUCAUUACGCGAACGCGAAAGACACGUUGAAAUGUGCGGAUCUUCUGGACCAGAGAAGUAUAUCGUUCCUAUCAGCCAUUUCGACUUAUCGCGACCUACUGACAGACCAAUGGAAACUGUAAUUGAGGAAAGUGUUUUAUCGAGAAGGCGAGCAGAAGAAGCAAGAAAUGAACAGAAACACAAUGAACCACUAAUCGACUCCAACAGAAAACCGAUCAAACUGAAUAUUCAAGCGUUCAAGCAUGGACUACAUAAAAGCGCCAGGCAGUCUAACGCUGAUGAGAAGCUGCUCCUUGAUAAUGAACAUUGGAUGAAUCUAGAUAAUAUCAAUUCGGAUGAUCAUAAAUGCCCCGAUGGAUAUUUUGAGCCUGAUACUGGACAAGUUCUGACAAUGAAUGUUUAUCGAUGUCCAUUCGUUCAAGCAGUAAUUUAUUCCAACUCUGAUCGAUUUUUCGAUUUGGUUAUAAAAAAUAUGAACACAAUUGGUAGAUUCUGCAAUCAAUCGUGCUUUUGUAAGCAGGGUAGAAAAAAUAAUUUGCCCCACGAUAAAAGUAAUUUACUUCACUUUGCAGCAGCGUAUUCCACCAGAGAGUUUCUUGAACGUGUGACACUCGAAAAAUUUUAUCGUCGCGAAAUUGAGAGACGCUUACGAAAGCAACCGAAAGUGGAUCAGACUACAGUAAAUUUCUGGAUAUCUCAUUACAGAGACACAAUCGAUCAAUAUCAAAAAGAUCCACAUGGAAAUGAACGAUUAAUUCCAUCUGAAGUUGCUGCCGAAGAGGGUCGACUUGAUAUUGUCGAAGUGUUUUUGGAGACUUCCCUAUCUAAGUCUCUCGCCAAUUUGAAGGCUUCCGCAACAUCUAAAUAUUGCAGCUUUUUGCAAUAUCGUCAUUGGUGUUAUGGAAGUCUCCUCAGCAGACUUGUCGAAAAUGGAAUACUUCAUGAAUUGAGUGAAAAGCAUCUUUUGCGGGUAUUCGCGUACAUAACAACCGACAAUUUUCUGCACGCUGCUGACACUGCAUUGGCAAAAGGAUAUGGUGAAGCAUUGGACAUUCUGGAAAGACUAGGAGUCGGUUUCAAAAGUGUGUAUGCUAGUAAACAAUACACACAGUAUUCUGACCCUAAUACUCGGAAUAAUGACAUACCAGGAAUUAUUUCUUCCGAUGGCAAUGAAUUGUUCAAACGUUGCGAUUCUUCACAACCUGCACAUAUAUUGGCACAAUAUGGUCAUUUUAAGCUUUUCGAUAAACUAACCGUGGAGGAAAAGAACGAUACUGACUUUCACAGAGUAUCUGCUCUAAUUGAAUUGCUGGAGUUUUCCGAUGAUGAAGUGAGAUCUCAACUGCGAUUUUUCCGGAACAUCCGAAGAGAUAACAUAUUUUUGUUCAUUUCGCAAGUGAUUAUUAGAAACAGAAUAGGUUUGCUUGAAGAUGCACUUCAACUCGCAUUCACAAAUUCAAACAACUUCACGCCAAUAAAUACCAGAAAACUAAUUUACAAAGAUUACGGCACACCUGAGCACAUUGCACUGCCAAUGGAAACUGCUCUACAACGGACUGGGAACAUGGAUACUGUAGAGCAAAUUGCAAAGUAUUAUACAAAAACGGAUCGGCACGCGAGAAAAAUGAUCGAAGAGGACGCUCUGCGUUGCAUUCGUUCAAUUCAAAAUCGAGCAAGAGUCUGCACAGAGCAUCUACGACUUUCCAUUAUUUUCAUGAUGAUAAAAUUUGUCGAUCCAUUUUCGCCCAAGUUCAGGAAUAUUUUGCGGAUGUAUCUCGAUCAGGCAAUGAAUGACAACGUUUCUCAAUAUGUUUUGAAGUCAUUUUCAAUGAUUCGAAGUAAGAGAUUCCUAUCAAAACAAUCGUUUGUUACGUGGUCUACAGCUGUUAAUGAAGCGUUUCAAAUUGUGUCCCAGUGGAAUGGUUCUUUAGAAGAAGCCGAUUUUGUUCCGAAAUUCCUAUCUGAAACUAAAAAGUGUGGCGCUCAGAUGUUUUUUCCAAAACAAGAGUUUCGUUCAUUGUUGUUGACUGAAGAAAAACGGACCGAGAAGAAGAAAUAUCAAGCAGAAAGACGCCCAAGAACAGAAGAUGAUGUUAUGUCGAAGUUGGCAAAGGCGAUUGAGGAUUUCGAAAAUUUGAAUCUAUAAUAAUUACGGUAUAUGGUUUUCGCGGGUUUGUGUUCUUUCCACUUUCACUUUUACUUGUGGCUGUUUUUAUUAUUUUCAAUAAAAAUUAUUUUUAUC